CGGAUUGAUUCGAAGCCUCGACACAAUAUGCCACAUUUGCUUCAACUGUUUCACUGCUUCACCAAGCCUCGAUCUGCCCACCACUACAUCUAUGAUCAACGUUAAAUGUAUUUCAAAUGGUGUUUCUUGCCAAGUUAGCAUAGCCUGGCUAGUGGGUAGCGUGUACACUACCUUGCUAACAACAGUCCACAUGUAGCUUCACAUGUGCGCGCUAGCUGUUAUCUAGCUAACUGUUACUUUUAAAGUUAACGUUACUUAAACAUGUCUUGGCGUUAUCAAAUAGUAUGUACACCGUCAAAACUUUGACAUAUAUUUAACUGUGAUCAUUACUUACAGACGUACACUACAUUAUGGAUCUAUCUCGAGUAAUCUUAAUCAAACGUAGACUUACACUGAUAAGAGCAAACGUUUGUGACUACGGGCUGCAACUUCACGAACAUGUAUGCAGCUUCUUCCGGUGGAACACGGUUUAUAAAGUGGGAGGAGUUUGAUCUGGGUCCAACCCACAUCUCAUUGUUCGCAUCUUGUGUUCUGCAAUGAGGAACUUUGCGUCUCAUCUCGGAGACACUCCCACUAUCCGCACACUCCGCACACUUACAUCCCGCCCUCCUAAUACAAGCUCUAUACCGAGAGAAACAGACAGCUCGACACACAGAAGACUCCAGCAGAUCUAUUAUCAUGUUCAGCUGGUUCUGGAAUCUUUUGCUGUUGUUUUGCUGUGUUAUUUAUAGCGAAACCACCUCUAUACUUGUACCAGGAGAAAAAGGAGGCAACGCCACACUGCCUUGUGAAUUAAAGGAUAGAGACAUUUUUAAUGUUAUUUUAAACCGUCAAUCAAAAAACAUCCCUGUUUGUAAGACUGAAAACUGUAGUGGGCGAGCAUUUAAAAUAGGAGCCUGUGACGUCCUCAUCAAGAAUCUGAUCUUCAGAGAUGCUGGGAAGUACAUUAUGAGAGUCUUUUACAGCAAAGAUCAGAAAGAGCUGGAGCAACAAAUCACGUACCAACUUCAUAUUCAUGAUGAGAUUUCUAUGAAAAUCGGUGAGGAGCUAAAGAUGUCUGUUCUGUUGUCUAAUGCUGAUAAAGUGGAGACAAACUCUAGUGGAGAGUGGAAGGAGGUUUGGAGCAGAACUGAUGGGGUCCUGGAUCAUCAUCUGACCGACACUGAUGGAAACCUGACCAUUAAAGGGUUUACAGCCAAUGACACGGGAACAUACAGAGUUCUGGACUCUGAAGGAGAAAUCUUGAUCACAGUCACAGUCACAGAAUCUAGAACAGAAUCAAAGGGAGAACUGGAUGAUGACAAAACGUAUGACCCAAAAUAUAUGUAUGUCGUAGCUGUGGUGUUUGGGGUUCUGGUGACUCUGAUUAUAUUUGUUGUCAUCAAGAAACACCAGCAUCAGCAGAGGAACCCAGAACAUGAUCCUGACCCAGGGCCCAUCAAAAGCCCAGAACAUCUAGCAGCACCACUGAUUACAUGUAACCUGCCUUCAGUGCCAACAGAUCCAUAGAGGAUUCUGUCAGUAUGUGUCUGAAAAAUAUAUUUAACUUAUAACACAUAUGAGCAUUUGGACUGCACCAGGAUUCUUUUUGUUGACUGUAUCUGUAUUAAUUUAAGUGACCUAGAUAAAGAUAAAGGAAAAGAAAGGAUGUGAUGUGUAGCCAAGUAUGGUAAAGUGUGGUGCAUUUUAAAAGAGAGCGCUGGUCAUUCACCUCCCCACCGACAAUCCCUGCUGGACCUGAGACUCAAACCAGCAAGCCCGACUCGAACUAUUAGGCCACGACUGCAUUUUAUGGUUACAUAAAAUGUUUAGACUGGUCUUACAAGUUAGUAAUGUUUUUUCUUUAAAGAGCUGGUUGACACUUUUUUUAUUUUUUCUAGGCUUGAUUGUGUUUGUGAUGUGCAGUCUAACGUGUUCAUGCUUCCUUUAAAAAAAAAAAAAAAAAAAAUAUUUUUCACAUAAUUUACCUUUAUUCCACACUGCUCUGUCCCUUCAAUCAUAAAUAAGUAGAGGUAGCUGCAGCUUGGAGCAAUGCGUGUGCCAAAAGGUUAUGUGAAAGCUGGCUGCUAAAAAAAAAAAAGCUGGCGAGCCAUACACUUACUCUUAAUCGCUAUAGGCCUACAGAUUAAAAGGAAGCAAUAAAUUCAACAUAAUCCUAUAAAACCAAAUUUAAUUCUUCCAAGGUAAAAACGGUGUUAAUGAUAUUAAGAAUAUUAUUUUACAUUACUUUUGAAAGUACCUUCAAAACUUCUG